GGCCAGUGGCGAGUCAGUCUUGAGACAACGCUAGACCAAGAGACUUCAGAGAAGGAAAAACUCCUUACGAACUGCGACUCGAUUUCGUGUGAGAACAAUUUCACAGGAGAAGCAAACCAGUGGGUUGCCAUUACCUUUGAACCGUUGCUUAUCUUCAGGUCUUGUUUGUGAAGAUGUCUGUGUUGCCAUAUCUCUGGAGGGAUCCAUGGGAGGAAUCGGUAAUUCCAUACCGUCCUUUCACUAGUAUCGUUGAUGACUUUUUAACGCCAUGGAGAGCUGAUGUCGCUCCAAUCGCUCGAGAAGUGCAGUUAAUAAACAACGACCAAGAAUUUCGCACAGACAUAAGCGUGCAGCAGUUCAAGCCGGAGGAGAUCAACAUCAAGACAAAAGAAAACCGCCUUAUCAUCCAUGCUAAGCACGAGGAGCGUCCGGAUGAACAUGGCUUCAUCAUGAGAGAGUUCACUCGCCAGUAUGUCCUGCCUGAGGAUGUGGACCCUGCUACCGUGACCUCGUCGCUGAGUCCUGACGGCGUGCUGACGAUCAAGGCGCCGAAGAAAGCACUACCUGACGCCAAGGAGCGCACGAUCCCCAUCACGCACGAGGUUUCCAAGAAAAAGAGGAAGUAAUCUUCCCCACCCACCUGGAGUGCUGCUGAGGGAGGUGUUCGAAUGUCAAAGAAACGUUUCCCAAGAGGCUAGUGGAGAUGAAAAAUUGAACAUUUCCUGAAAGCAAACACUUUUGUUCUUGGAUGUCGUCGGUUAUUUCUCGAAAUUUGUGUUUAAACCGACCAGGAUAUAUUUUAGAGUAUUUCACCUUUUGUAUGAACGUUUGGGUUUUUUUCUAAUAAAAUGUUUACAUAUUGUUU